UUAUUUUCGGCUUCCACAAGGGGAGUGAGAAACACGUGACGCAGCGAGAGGAAAGCCGAGUUGUUAGGGGCCGCCCCUUCCCAUGUGACCGAGACCCCUUACCUCCCGCCCCUCAGAACGGAGCUUACCCAGACCUCACAUGUGAGAGAUUCACCUCGUUCCCGGUUUCCACCGAGAGUUUCCGGAGCUCGUUCGUACAGAAUCUGAUUCAGAUACCGAUUUGGAGAGGUCUAAAGCUCCCCAUAGACGCGACGAUUCUUCUUGCCGAACGACCGAUUUUAGGGAAGCCCGACCAAUCCUUCGAAGUUAGUGGGAUUCGAACGAUCGUACAUCUUACGAUUUUUCGGCCGACAUCUGUCAGGAAAUUGAUCGACCAGACUUGCAAUCUCCAGGGCUUCUGGUGCUGCCGCUGAACUCCCAUGUACGUCCAAAUUCCUUCGCUUAUCUGGAACUGUGCCUUUGGCUAUCGAUAGCCUUCUCACAACCACGAGCCAAGUCUCCAACGUCGCCUUAAUCCACGUUUAAAAGGAAAUCGCCAGCAAUACGUUUAUGUGGACAGUUUCGCCAUCUGAAUUCUGCAACUGGUGCCGUUUUUUUUUACAAUAUAUUUUUACCAUCUAUAACAAAGUUCUGUUUCUUGGUGAUGCUAUAAAUUGAGAAGAGGGGGGGUCAACAGAGAACAGAAUGUUCCCAAGCUGCUGCUAAUUUUUCCCUGAAUAUUAUUUAUUUUAUUUUUUUUGUAAUUCAAAGCCAAUUCUUCCAAAAAAAAAAAAAGGUGGACAAAAAUGGUGAUGGCUAAGGGUCGCUACCUGCUUCUAUUCCUCUGCGUGCAGCUGGUGGUCAUAGCUCUGCUGUAUAGGGAAGGCUACAGGAAAAGGGUGACUUAUUUCUUUGGUAUAUUUUACAAGGGGGGGACUGCCUCUAUGGGACUCAUCAACCCCCUCAAUUUAUCCCAAGCUGGGGACGUUUACGCCAAUCUCAGUUUAAUAUCCAAAUCUUCGCUACGGGAUGACGAGUUGCCAUACUGUCCUGAGACCUCGCCUUUUAUAGGGGGACCAAUAAGAGUCGUGUUGCCGGAGAACUUGUUACUGGAGGAAGUUGAGCGCAAAAACCCGUAUGUGACCAAAGGAGGGCGCUACAAGCCACCCGACUGCGAGUCAACUCAUAAAACUGCCGUAAUCAUCCCUCACCGCAACAGAGAGCAGCACCUUAAAUACCUGCUUUACUACUUGCACCCGUUUCUGCAGCGGCAGCAACUGAACUACGGGAUAUAUAUCAUCCAUCAGGCGGGUAAUUUCACUUUUAACCGAGCGAAGUUACUGAACGUGGGCUUCAAGGAGGCCAUGAAAGACGAGGAUUGGGACUGUCUGUUCUACCACGACGUCGACCUCAUUCCAGAAGACGAUCGCAACCUGUAUACGUGCGACAGAUUCCCCAAGCACGCCUCCAUCGCUAUGGACAAAUUUGGAUACAAGUUACCUUACAAAUCCUACUUCGGUGGAGUGUCUGCCCUGAGCCCAGAGCAAUACAUGAAGAUGAAUGGAUUUCCCAACAACUACUGGGGCUGGGGGGGUGAAGAUGACGACAUUGGCAUCAGAGUUGCACUGGGCGGCAUGCUGAUAUCUCGGCCUUCAGUCCAGUACGGGAGGUAUAAAAUGAUCAAGCACGGCCUUGACGAAGGCAAUGAGCAAAAUCCCAGAAGGUUUAACAUGCUGGCUAAGACUCGGAGGACAUGGAAACAAGACGGAAUGAACUCGUUGCAGUACGUUUUGUUAUCGAAGGAGCUGCAGCCGCUUUACACUAAUAUCAGCGUUGACAUCGGCACAAACAAGGGAUUGAAGCCCCACACGUGAGACCGGCGUCUCAUCCCAACACUCGUUGCCUACUUUUUUCGGAAAUCCUUUUAUAGAAGUGUGAGCAGCAAGUGAAGGAAUUCAGCAGCAUUAUUGCCUUUGUAUAGAGAGAGAUUUCUAUUGGCUUUUUCUGUCUUUUAUCUGAGACUUGAGACUGGAAAUCCAAAGAAUGAAUCCAGUGUUGCUCGUCCGACUGUACAGCGGGGGGGGGGGGGGGGGGGGGGGCUCGUCUUUCAUCUCUUGCGGCAAAUUGUCUACGACUGACUUGUGUGACCCCCGACCUCUGAGACUUGUCUAUAGCGAGGGGUCGGCCGUGUUACAGACUGGGAUCACACUGCGUGGCCAGUGACCAAUCAUUUGCUUUUCUACAGGAUUUGUGUCUCGUCUCUAUGAUCCUCCCUCCAGCUCAGUCACACGGGGGAGAAACCCCCUCAUUGUAUCCAAAAGUGCCGUUUCUAUCACAAGUGGAUUUUACUCGAUGCUCCCUCCCUUUUUCUUUUCUUUUAAACCAGUUUCACUCACGAUUAUUCAAUCCAGAGAUUCUUUGACACUUUAAAGGAACAGUUAAAGGAUAAGUAAACCUUUAAAAUAAAUGAAUGUAAAACUGAUGAGUGUUAUUCUAAGAAAUAUUACAAUUUAUAUUCAUUAUCAAGUUUUUUUUUUUAAAUUCCA